CCCGGGCGGCGGCAGGUGUCUUCAGUCUGCGUCGCUCUCACCUGCGCGGGCCGGGCAGUCACACGGAGGACGCCGGCAGAGCCAGGAGCCGGGCUGAGAGAUGGACUCAGUGGUUUUCGAGGAUGUGGUUGUGGACUUCACCCAAGAGGAGUGGGCUCUGCUGAAUCCUUCUCAGAGGAAGAUCUACAGAGAUGUGAUGCUGGAGACCUUCAGGAGCCUGGUCUCAGUAGAUGAUGAGACUCAAUUUAAAACCACUGGGUCCAUUUCUCAGCAGGAUAGUUUUGGAGAAAAAUUAUCCAAUGAACAGAAAAUAGCAAGAUUCACAAAAAAUGAUUUCUGGACCUCCCUUUUUGGAGAAAAUUGGGAAGAUCAGUGCAUUGAAGAUAAACACAACAAUGAGGGAAGAUAUUUGAGAAGUCAUAUAGUGGAGAGGCUCUGUGAAAGUAGCAAAGGUGAUACAUGUGGAGAAAUUGUCAGCCGUACUCCAAAUAUUGAGCUGUACAAGAAAACUUGCAGUGGAGUAAAACUGUACGAAUGCAGUCAGUGUGCAAAAGUCUUCAGGCAUCGUUCAUCCCUUAAGAGGCACAAAAGGAGUCACACCGGAUGCAAACUUUAUCAAUGUGAGGAAUGUGGGAAAGCGUUCAGUUGUUCUUCAUACCUAAGAAAUCAUGUGAAAACUCACAGUGGAGAGAAACCUUAUGCAUGUCAGCUUUGUGGGAAAACAUUUAUUCGUUCCCAUUCCCUCACUGGACAUAUAAGGAGUCACACUGGAGAGAAACCCUAUGUGUGUAAGCAAUGUGGAAAAGCCUUCAGUUGCCCUAAAUCCUUUCGAGUACAUGUGAUGAUGCAUAAUGGUGGGAAACCCUAUGAAUGUAAACAGUGUGGAAAAGGCUUUAGCUGUCCCAAAUCCUUUCGAGUACAUAUGAUAAUGCACACUGGAGAGAAACCUUAUGAAUGUAAGCAGUGUGGGAAAGGCUACUGUUGGCUCACAUCCUUUCAGAGACAUGUGAGAAUUCACAAUGGAGAGAAACCCUAUAAAUGUGAAAAGUGUGGGAAAGCAUUUGGUUGGCCCUCAUCCUUACAUAAACAUGUCAGAAUGCACACCGAGGAGAAACCUGUAAAUGCAAACACUCUGGGAAGUUCUUCAGCUGGCCCCCAUCCUCCCAAAAAUGUAAGAAUGCAGACUGGAGAGAAACCCUAUAAGUGUGAAAAGUGUGGGAAAACAUUUGGUUGGUCUUCGUCCUUGCACAAACAUAACAGAAAGCACAUUGGAGAGAAACCCAUAAAUGCAAGCCAUGUGGGAAAACUUUCAGAGGACGCCACGCCCACAGCCAUGCGCAUGCGCACGCCCUCACGCCCGCAGUCCCACUGUCUCCCGCCUGUUCUCACGUACUAG